UGAAAAAAUUGUUCCGAUCGUUAAAGACAAAUUUUGGAAGAAAGUUAAAGUAGUUUAUUUUCCUAAUUGAAAAACUUUGACGGCGCAGUCAAAUUAACUAAGAGUUCAAGUGAAACAAAUUAAUAGAAUUAUAUUUUUUUAAAUGGCUCCACGCAACAAAGAACAAGAGCAAGAAGUUUUGAAUUGGAUUUUCGAAGUUUUAGGUGAGAAGGUACCUGCUGGUCAAUAUGAGGAUAUUUUAAAGGACGGGAUCGUACUUUGCAAACUAAUCAACAAAAUGGCUCCUGGUUCAGUAAAAAAAAUCCAAGAACGUGGCACUAAUUUCCAGCUAAUGGAGAAUGUACAGCGUUUCCAAGCGGCCAUUAAAAAAUAUGGUGUACCAGAAGAAGAAAUAUUUCAAACUGCCGAUCUCUUUGAAAGGCGCAAUAUUCCACAAGUUACUCUCUGUUUGUAUUCACUAGGACGUACGACACAACAUCAUCCCGAAUAUAACGGUCCCACUUUGGGACCAAAAAUGGCCGAAAAGAAUGUACGCGAAUUUACUGAAGAGCAAUUGCGUGCCCAUAAUGCCGAGCUUAAUUUGCAAAUGGGUUACAAUAAAGGUGCCUCUCAAUCCGGUCAUGGCGGUUUCGGUAAUACACGUCACAUGUAAAACUGCUUACGAAAUUCUCUUAAAUUAAGCAAAUUGAAAUUUUAUGAUUACUUUGUUAUAUAGAUAUGUAUAUUUUUUUUUUUUUUUUACAAGUUCUGAUUGUAAUUAAUAAACUUGCACUUUGCAAAAUACUAACAAAAAAAUGACAAAAAUUUAUGGAAACGAAGCUUUCUCUUCAACUUAAGGACAUUCUAAUCGAAUAUUGUUCGAAAAUAAUUUGAUUGCGUAAUUGUUGAUGAAAUUUUAUAAUUACAGUCUAUGUACAUAAGAGAAUUUCAAAUGAAACAAACGGCACGAUUGCAAAAGAUUAGUUAUUAUGUGCUUGCAUGCAUUUGCGUGUCGAUAUAACAAAGUUAAAAUAAAGAUCUCUCAUCAA